UUUGAAUUUUAAUUUUUUUUCUUAAAAAGCUGGUUCCGGUAACGCCGUUGAUGAAACUAAAGAAGAGCCGUGGCAUCCAUGAGUGAAGAAUAACUAUUAAACAAAAACAAAUGAGGAAAGUGGUGAGGAGGAAUCGCAGAUUUUUGUUAAAAGAAAAAGGAAAACGUGAAUUCAUUGAUGAUUCAUCAUCUCUCUGUAGUCAGUCAUCAUGAAAUCAACGUAAAGAAAGGCAAAUGGCGGGCGAUAAGGCAAUUCCUUGAUGAAGGUAUUUCAAGCCUUGCAAAAAAACAAAAACCCUUCCUUUGUUUCUUUUUCUUUUUUUUGUCACCUUCCGAAGUCACAAGGCUAAUCCAUAGUUGAGACUAAAAAAAGAAAAAAUGGAAGAGUCGACAUGGGAGCAAAAGCUCCAGGCUCUAACCCACAUCCUAACGAGCCCCACAACCUCACCGCCUCUCCACUCUCAACUCUUCAUCUCCACACAAAUCCCAUGUUUCCUCAACUGGGAUUUCCCUCCAAUUCUCUGCAAUAAACCCAACUCCCAUACCUUCCCAUCCCUCCACCUGAAAUGGGGAAUCUCUCUUUUCCUCAAAAGGGUCUCAAGAUUGGGUGUCCCCGAAACUUCCUGGAGGUCCAAGUGCCCUUACUAUCAGCCCCCACCACUGAUUCUGGCCAAGGGAGUGGAUGAAGCACAAUGGGUCGAUGCGCAAAAGCGAGAGUAUGUUAGGAAGAGGCUGAGAAGGAAACGCCUAGAAAGCCAUGUCCACCCUUUAAUUCCGAUUUUGAUUCCCGAUUUAUUAUUGUUCUCCCUGCUCUGGUUCAAUCCAUUUCCCCUUAAUGAUUCCUGACAAUUUUCCUUGUCUCAGAAUUGUGUAAUAAUAAGUACUUAACUCUUAUGUCUUA